CAUAACAAACUGGCUAGUCAGGGAAACAGCUUGCUAUCCAGCAGCCAAGGUUGCACUCGGGUAAUUGGACAGGGAGGAGGGAAAGGAGUCAAUCGGUAAAUACAUUUAGACGUAAAUGUUGCAGCUGGACUGUCGGUGAUUUUAGAUCUGGACGCAUUUGGUGAGAGCGGAAGUAUGGUGGUUCCGGACAGCGGAAACGGGGCCCAGCAGAUGGACAGCGGCGCAGUUCCGGGGUUUGAAGGCGAUCAGGACGAAGUGGAGCUGGAGGAGGUGCGCAAGUUGCGAGAACUUGUGCGACGCCUUGAAGUGCAGAAUGAAAGCCUGCGCAGCCGGGGCGCCACGCAUCGUCUCGGCACAAAUGCAAACGAGAGAACGCUGUGUGAGGACACUGGCACCAGCUCAGGCAUAGACUUCCAGACUUUCCAGUCUCCACCUCAGGGCAACGAUAGUGAGGACAUGUCUCCUGUUCCUGAAGCUACAGGGCCUGAGGAGGAAGAAGAGAUGGAUCAGCACAGCCCUGUUUUUGAUCUUCCUUGUGUCAGCGAACCAGGGCACACUCAAGAACACACACAUGCUAGUUAUUCCCCUGAUAGCUAUGAUUCAGAGACAAUCGGUGGGAGCGAUACCGGUGUGGACAAGUCUGCUCUGGAUGAGGUGGAUGUGCUUGAUUUAGACGGCUGUGCUGAUAUCGACGAUGAAGACUGCUGGCUGUAUGUGUCUCCAAAGAAGCAGGUACAAACAGAAGAGGGCCCGGAGUCUCCUUUGAAAUGGUGCCGGAAGGUACUCGAUCACCCGAGUCCUGAGACCGAGGUGGCUUGCAGGACGCUCCUGAGCCGUCUGGAUCAAAGCUCAAGAUGGAGGAACAUGUACAGCAGCCCUUCGCAAACCCCAGCAGGCUCAUCAGCCGAGGCUGGCUCCUCUCAUUCUCCUGGGUUACAUGAGCAUGCACUCGGCGCUGAGCUCCCAGUCCUCCAUCGACAGUGAGCUGAGCACAUCAGACGAUUCCAUCUCAAUGGGCUACAAGCUGCAGGACCUGACCGAUGUGCAGAUUAUGGCUCGGCUACAAGAGGAGAGUCUGAGGCAAGACUAUGCUUCGAGCUCGGCCUCGGCGUCACGGCGGAGCUCUGCAGCUUCACUGCACUCGUUGAGGCGAGGCACAUACAGUGACCAGGAGCUGGAUUCCUAUAGCUUGGAGGAUGAAGAGGCAGACA